AUGGGGAGCUGGGUAAUGUGGCCAAAAAAACUGAUCAUAUUUGAUGAAAAGAAAAAAACAAGUGGUAAAGCAAGUAGGAAGCAGAAAAGGAAUCAUUUUGCGGAAGAUGUAGAAGAAGAGUUUGACUUGCAAUCACUCGAAUCAAGCUUGCCAGCCGCAUUGCAGAAGUUAUAUGAGUGGGGAAAAGAAGGAUUCAAAGAUCGGAAAGCUGUUUGCUUUUAUAAAGAAGAGCCCGUAUUCGGUAUUAAUGCUAAGAGCUAUCUACUUGGCUUGGAUGUUAAAAGGCUUGCAAACAUGGCGGAAGUAACAGGAACCAUCAUAGUGCUGUACAUGAGGUACUUAUAUGAUGUGCUAAAAAAGUCCAAAAUGGUAGACAUGGUUGGUUUCGUUGACCCAGCCUUGACUGGUGAGAUAGGGUGUGGGAGUGCAACAACGAGGUCCCGAAGUAUAAAAGAUCGCCUCAUAAGUGCUUCUCCAAACCAGAUUUUCUUAGUGCCUUACAAUGCAUCUGCUCAUUGGGUAUUAACUGUGAUCGAUCCGGACAAUGACACUGUCUAUUUCAUGGAUCCGUUAAAAAAACGCCUUGGAGGUAACGGAGAAUGGAAAGAUAUUGUUGACACGUAA